AUGAAGCUCACCAUUGCAACCUGGAACGUCCGCACACUUUUGGAUGUGCCCGUUGACUGCUCUCGUCCCCAAAGAAAAACAGCGCUGGUUGCACACGAGCUGCAGAGAUACAACAUUGAUAUCGCAGCUCUUAGCGAAACACGCUUCCAUGGGGAGGAUUCUAUAACAGAGUUGGGAGUAGGCUACACCUUCUUCUGGAGGGGGCUUCCAGAAGGCUCCCGCCGCCUCCAUGGUGUAGGUUUUGCUGUGCGGUCAAGCCUACUUCAGAGGAUCCCAGAAUCCCCAGUCGGCAUCAGUGAAAGACUGAUGACCUGGCGCAUUCCCCUCACCAACAACCGUCAUGCCACCCUCAUCAGUGCAUAUGCCCCAACAUUGGAUGCUGACCCCGAGUGCAAGGAACUCUUCUAUGCCUCCCUGCACUCCGCCAUAAAUAACACCAUCCACGACAAGCUCAUUCUCCUCGGGGACUUUAACGCGAGAGUGGGCUCUGACGGUGUGUUAUGGAAGGAUGUGCUUGUGCAGAACGGUGUUGGAAAACUCAAUGAAAAUGGUCUUCGCCUCCUCACUCUCUGCUCUGAGUAUCAGUUGGUCAUCACCAACACCUUGUUCCAACUGAAGAACAAAUUUAAGACCUCCUGGCAACACCCCCGCUCUAAACACUGGCACCUCCUUGAUUACAUCAUUGUCCGCCAAGCUGACAGGAAGGAGGUGCGAGUUACCAGAGCCAUGCGUGGAGCAGACUGUUGGACUGAUCACCGCCUGAUCAGAGCCAAAUUCACCCUGGAACUCCGUCCUCCACUGAGGCAAACACCACCCUGCAGGAAGCUCAACUGUGAUGCAUUGAAGUCCCCGCACUCAGUCAACCAGCUCAGGGAACAGAUCGCCUUACAGCUGUCCAAGAUCCCUGAAACACCAGCUGAUCCGGACGUGAACACCACCUGGAGCACCCUACGCACCGCUAUUCACCGGGCUGCAGUAGAGUCUGUAGGGUACACCAGACGGAGACACCAAGACUGGUUCGGCAACAGUGCACCAGGUAUCCACAACCUACUUCAGGAAAAACACAAGGCCCUUGCAGCUCACCUUUCCAACCCCCAAUCCACCUCGCUGAAGGCCCGCUUCAACAACAUCCGGGCUGAAACACAGCGUACCCUCAGAGCCAUGAAGAAUGACUGGUGGACAAAGAAAGCCCACGAGAUACAGCAUCACGCGGACACCAACAACUCCCACGCUUUCUAUGACUCCAUCAAGGCUAUCUAUGGCCCACAGAGGAAGAACAAUAACCCCGGUCAGAUCAGCAGCUGUGUGGAUGUGGGGGUCAAGCAAGGGUGUGUCCUAGCCCCAACCAUCUUCAACACAGUCACCCUCCUCUCCCACAAACUCCUGGACCCUUCUGAUGGGUUGUUAUUAUUAAUUCUACAACACUACCUAGGCAGUAUUCUGUCCCCCUCCUGCAACAUCGAUGAUGACAUCCAGGUCCGCAUCGGUCUGGCCUCCACUGCCUUUGGCAGGCUUAGCGCCAGGGUUUUCCAGAACAGGAACCGCACCACCUCCACCAAAGCAGCUGUGUACAGGGCAGUCUGUCUUUCCACACUGCUGUAUGGUUCGGAAACCUGGACACCCUACCAGAGGCCUUUUCGAACCCUAGAGGCCUUCCACAUCCGUUGCCUGCAAAGGAUCCUGGGUGUGUCCUGGGAAGACAGGGUGCCCUAUGCCGAGGUCUUUGACCGGACCCACACACAAAGCAUCGCCCUGCUCCUUGCGCAGAAACACCUACGCUGGGUUGGGCAUGUGAUCCGUAUGCCUGCCCACCGCCUGCCCAGGCAAAUCCUCUAUGGCCAACUUCUGGAUGGCCAGAGAUCUGCUGGGGGUCCAAAAAAGCGUUAUAAGGAUCACCUCAAAACCCUCCUGAAGCAGUGCAACAUUCCACCUACUGCACUCGAGUCCCUGGCUGCUGAUCGCAACACCUGGAGCUCCUCCUGCAACCAGGGAACUACUCACCUUCAGGAGCAAGCCACAGAGAGAAGGAUACAGCGACAUAAUGUUGACCCCGCCAUGGAUAAAUCUGACAAACUAUGGAAGAUCCGGCGGUUCAUGGACCUCCUCCUCGCUCAGUUCCAGGCACUCUAUGAGGUCAAUGGGUAUGUGAGCGUGGAUGAGUCCAUGGUCAAAUACAAGGGACGCCUCUCCUUCCGGCAGUACCUCCCGAUGAAGCCGGUGAAGUGGGGGAUAAAGGUGUGGGUCAUGGCGGAGAGCAGCACUGGCUACGUCAACAACUUCCAGGUGUACACAGGGGCCAUUGUGGGAAAGACUGAGACAGGCCUGGCUCACCGCAUUGUGUCAGACCUGGCACAGCCCUACUUUGGGUCCAACCUGUGUGUGUACAUGGACAAUUUUUACACAAGUGUGAAGUUGUACUAG